UCUCCGUUACGUUUAACUUUCAAACAACAUAUAUAAAUGCGUUUUCUUUUACUCCAACACUUAGGAAUAUGCCACCAACACAAGAAACUCUCUUUUCGCUAGAACUGGUGAUCGAUUACGUUCGUUUCGACGGUUCUCGUGGCACUGUUUUGGACCCUGCAGUGGGAAUCCGUCUGUUAGAUUUCCCCACAUUGCUAAUCUACCAUUCAGGACGAGAAGAUCCAUUAAAAUCAGGCUAUGCUGAUCUAUGUGUGUCACCCGAUGCUGUACCUCAAGCAGACGACGGCGACAACCUUAAAUACACCUUCCAUAAAGGCAAAUCAUGUCUGUUCAAGAUCAAUCUAGAUUCAUUACACACUCAUCUCCUCAACACUCCUCUCUACGCAAUGGUGCUCGAUGUUAAAGAUGAGAUUCCCAGACUUAUAGGCAGCUCUUUGAUUUCUCUGGCCAAAGUGACGGAGAGGAUUAAAGUGGAUGUGGGAAAACAUGGUAUUAACACCCCUGCUGCUCAUGGAGAGAGACUGAGCAGCCCAAUCUGCAACCUGAUGGGAACCACCAUAGGUGUCAUCUCUCUGGCCUAUAAAAUUGUGAGUUUAGGAGCUCAUUUGAUUCCUCAUAUCCCAGAUAACAGGGUCUACCAGGUCGGCGUGACUUGUGGGAAUGAAGAGCAUCAGCAAAAGUGUGAAAAUGAAGAUGAGAAGCGUAAUGUUCUCUCUCAAGAAAUAAGUCUUGAUGGGCAGCCUACUGAUCUAGUUAUAUCUGAAGCAAAGGAGUGUGGGAUUCCAGCUUAUACUCAGACUGAGCGGGCUGUACAGUGUGUGUCGUGGGCUGAGGAUGCACAGGAAUACACCACUUUCUGUCAUCCGCCACUGUUUUACUGCUCCAACGAGACCAGCCAGCAGGAGAGGAAAAGCUUUACAGGGUUACUAGCAGCAAUGGAGAGUCUAAAUAUGGAGGAUCCAGAAGAUGUAAAUGAUGAGGAGGAAUCAUUUGACAUGCGUGAAUUUCCAGACACAAACAGAUUGAGUAAGUUACAUUCAACUCCGAAGCCACCAUGUGAAGAGACUGACUCAGCUCCACUCCUGGACGUCAUCAGACAGUUACCACUCCUGAACGCUUUACUAGUCGAACUAUCACAGCUUAACGUCCAGACGCCACACCAGCAGCCGUUAUCAAUCCAUCCCAACCUGGCAUGGUUAUAUACACCAGAACCAAAACAACACUCAGAGAAUCAGAAAAACAGUCCUCAAAGACCUGGCCGAAGCAGGACAAAAGGAAACAUCAUUAAGUCUGUGAAGAAAACUGAAGAAAAGUCGCCCAAGAGGAAGCUUAAAUAUGGCUUAACAAACACGUUUCGUCUCAGGCUCAAGAUGGUCAAAUCAAGUCCCAUCACACAGCACGAAUGCAUUGAAUAUCAAGACGUUAAACAAGACCGGACGAAUAAAACGAAGAUUUCAUAUCAUAAACAUGGUCGAAAGGCUGUCAGCAGAGGUGUUCGGUUAGAUGAAGAUGUGCAGACAGCAAUGAGCACUUUCAAAAUGAAGCCAAAAUCGGAAAUACGAACGAAUUUAAAAGAAAGUCAAGACUCAUUGAUUGAGAGGAACCAAAAAGUUCUUAUUCCAAGUCAGAAUUCGACCUCAUCAACCCUAAACAAUCCAGGUUUCAUGAAUUUUAAAGACGAGAGUAGACCGAGCAGUUAUAAUCAUCCGAAUAACACCUCCUUCGAGUAUCAAGAUGACUUCACGAGCGUAAACACGACUGACGGAUACACACCUGACAUAUUCAGCAGUCCAGAACCAGAGAAAGGUGGACAGAAAGCACACAGCGGCUCCAGCACUUCAAGUAAAGCUCUUCCCGUUCCGGCCAGAGCCGAAAAAUCUCCUCAGCGUUCCCUCAAAAGCACACACAUCAUCCGACCGCGUCUUCAGACUUCAGCUCUGAGUGUGUCUUCAGAUGAGGUGUCCGCCGGCAGGCACGGGUCACAGAUGAGUGGGCCAAACACUCCCUCAGUCUGCAGGACGUUUGGAAGAUCUGAAAGCUUUGAGUCUACUGAAAAGGACAUGAGAUUUGGCAGAGUGUCAGAGGAUUUUGCUGCAAAUAAAGCAGUGCUGAAGUCUAUUUCGUCAUCAGAGAAACAGGAGGAUGAAGAGGAACUGGAUGAAUUGGGAUCUCUGGGACUGGAUGGGAAUUGCUAUCACAUUUCAGAAUUGGUGGUCAACAAACUUCCAGGAUAUACACUGUGAUAGUCUAAUCUUUUGGGUUUCUUUUUUUCUGUUGAACACAAAAGAGGAUAUUUUGAAGAAUGUUCUCAACUUCCAUUAUAGUAGGAAAACAAUUGGAAAUCAAGGGGUUUUGGGUGCACUGUCCCUUUAAACCAGACAACUUAGCCAUUAAUAAAGCAGUGCUAAAGUCUAUUUUCGUUGUUAGAUUAACAGGAAGAUGAGGAGGAACGGGAUAAAUUGGGAUCUCUGGGACUGGAUGGGAAUUACUGUACUAUCAAAUUUCAGAAUUGGUCAAUCAACAAACUUCCAGCAUAUACACUGUGAUUGGACUGUGAUAAUCUGAUUUAAAGGGACAGUUGGAACAAAUGGAAAUCAAUGGGUUUUCCAGAUUAUUUUCUUUUGUGUUCAAUUUAAGAAAGAAACUCAAGCAGUUUUGGAACAAGCGACAGUGUUUUCAGUUUUGGGUGCACUGUCCCUUUAAACCAGAGGACUUAGCCGUUAAUAAAGCAGUGCUGAAGUCUAUUUUGUCGUCAAAGUAACAGGAGGAUGAAGAUGAACAGGAUAAAUUGGGAUCUCUUGGACUGGAUGGGAAUUACUAUCACAUUUCAGAAUUGGCGGUCACCAAACUUCCAGGAUAUACACUGCGAUUGGAUUGUAUUAAUCUGAUUUAAAGGGACAGCUCACUCUAAAAAUGGACAUUUGUUCACUAUUUAGUCACCCUCAAAUCUUUUAGGAGUUUCUUUAUUUCUGUUGAACACAAAAGAAGAUAUUUUGAAGAAUGUUUGGACUUGCAUUAUAGUAGGAAAACAAAUGAAAAUCAAUGGGUUUCCAGAUUUCUUCAGACUAUAUGCUUUUGUGUCCAACUUUAGAAAGAAACUCAAAGAGUUUUGUAACAAGUGAAAAGGGAGUAAAUGAUGACAGUUUUCAGUUUUGGGUGCACUGUUCCUUUAAACAGAGGAAUUAGCCAUUAAUAAAGCAGUGCUGAAGUCUAUUUUCGUUGUUAGAGAAACAGGAGGAUGAGGAGGAACGGGAUAAAUUGGGAUCUCUGGGACUGGAUGGGAAUCACUGUACUAUCAAAUUUCAGAAUUGGUCAUCAACAAACUUCCAGGAUAUACACUGUGAUUGGACUGUGAUAAUCUGAUUUAAAGGGACAGUUGGAACAAAUGCAAAUCAAUGGGUUUCCAGAUUAUUUUCUUUUGUGUUCAAUUUAAGAAAGAAACUUAAGUAGUUUUGGAACAAGCGACAGUGUUUUCAGUUUUGGGUGCACUGUCCCUUUAAACCAGAGGACUUAGCCGUUAAUAAAGC